UAUGCAAACAGACUACAGACUCUCAUGCCUGAGGCUCUGAUGUCCCAGGUUCAAUCCCCUGCACCACCAUAAGCCAGAGCGGAUGAGUGCUCUGGAAAGAAGAAGAAAGAAAAAAAGGAGAAAGAAGGAGAAUAAUAAGAAAAACAAACAAACAAACAGCAGCCAUGAAGAGUGGAAACGCCCUGUCAACUUGCAGGCAAAGUCUCCACAGGCUGCUACCCGGGCUGCACUUGCACCUGGACCACCAUCUUGAAGGCCCCAGUGUCUCCUGGAGCUUGAACCGGCACUUCCGGGUGUGAACGCCAGUGGAGUAAGCACUUCCGGUUCGCACGGCAAACUGCUGUUCUCUAGCCCAUCGCCAUGGCGUCCAGGUACGACCGUGCGAUCACUGUCUUCUCCCCUGAUGGACAUCUGUUCCAGGUGGAAUACGCCCAGGAAGCGGUGAAGAAAGGAUCCACAGCGGUUGGAAUUCGAGGUACCGACAUAGUAGUGCUUGGGGUAGAGAAAAAAUCUGUUGCCAAGCUUCAAGAUGAAAGAACUGUGAGGAAAAUUUGUGUCCUUGAUGAUCAUGUCUGCAUGGCUUUUGCAGGACUGACUGCAGACGCUAGAGUAGUAAUAAAUAGAGCCCGUGUGGAAUGCCAGAGUCAUAAGCUUACAGUUGAGGACCCAGUCACUGUAGAAUAUAUAACUCGCUUCAUAGCAACUUUAAAGCAGAAAUAUACUCAGAGCAAUGGACGAAGACCUUUUGGUAUUGCUGCCUUAAUUGUAGGUUUUGAUGAUGAUGGUAUCCCAAGAUUAUAUCAGACUGACCCCUCUGGUACUUAUCAUGCUUGGAAGGCAAAUGCAAUAGGCCGGAGUGCUAAAACUGUUCGGGAAUUUCUUGAGAAGAAUUACACAGAAGAUGCUAUAGCAAAUGACAGUGAAGCUAUUAAGUUAGCGAUAAGAGCUUUGCUAGAAGUCGUCCAAUCUGGUGGAAAAAACAUUGAUCUUGCUAUAAUAAGAAGAAAUCAACCUUUGAAGAUGUUUAGUGCCAAAGAAAUUGAAUUACAAGUAACUGAAAUAGAAAAGGAAAAGGAAGAAGCUGAGAAGAAAAAAUCAAAAAAGAGUGCUUCAUCUUAGAUGAGCCCUUGAGA